GCAUCACCCCGUAAACCAUAUGCGAGCGAACGAAUGAAUGCGAUGUGUCUCGCUCGUUGUAGAUACGUUGCUCUCGCUUUCUCGCACAUUCGAAAUGUCAAUCCGCCGUCGUCGCUCUCCGAACGUGGCCCAAUCGCCACACUACAAGGAACUCAACGUUUCAACCAAUCAGAACGAACCACGCCAGACUGUCAGCAUUCAUAUAUACGCGUUGCGGCGAAACUAAACUCAGUCAUAAGAGAAAAUACGAACACAGAAAAUCAACUGAACCAUUACUGAAUUAUUCGUUGAACAGUCAAGAAGAAAAACUCCCGAGCUAAAAAAAAAAGAGCAGUUCAAAGAAACUCAAUAAAUUUAGUGAAUAAUAAGUUAAACUAGAUCAAGUAGAAUAAUAAAUUAAAGCAAAUAUGAAGCUAUUUUUAGCAUUUAUCGCGCUUGUGGCUAUUGCCAUAAGCUCUUCGGCCGAACAAUCCAAAGAAAAGGAAGACAUUGGUGUAGUUAUUGGUAUCGAUUUAGGAACAACAUACUCAUGUGUCGGUGUGUACAAGAAUGGACGUGUUGAAAUUAUCGCCAACGACCAAGGUAACCGUAUCACUCCAUCGUACGUGGCAUUCACAGCUGAAGGUGAACGUCUCAUCGGAGAUGCUGCCAAGAAUCAAUUGACCACCAAUCCAGAGAAUACCAUUUUCGAUGCUAAACGUUUGAUCGGUCGUGAAUACUCUGAUCCAACUGUGCAAGCCGAUGCCAAAUUGUUCCCAUUCAAGAUUGUUGAAAAGAGUACGAAACCAUACGUUCAAGUCGCUACCAGCCAGGGUGACAAGACCUUUGCACCAGAAGAAAUUUCAGCCAUGGUUUUGACCAAGAUGAAGGAAACCGCUGAAGCUUAUCUCGGCAAGAAGGUUACACACGCCGUCGUUACUGUUCCAGCCUACUUCAACGAUGCCCAACGUCAAGCUACCAAGGAUGCCGGUUCGAUCGCUGGUUUGAAUGUUAUGCGUAUCAUCAACGAACCAACAGCCGCCGCUAUUGCAUACGGUUUGGACAAGAAGGAUGGUGAAAAGAAUGUGUUGGUCUUCGAUUUGGGUGGUGGUACUUUUGAUGUUUCACUUUUGACCAUCGACAACGGUGUGUUUGAAGUCGUUGCUACCAACGGUGACACUCACUUGGGUGGUGAAGAUUUCGAUCAACGUGUCAUGGACCACUUCAUCAAAUUGUACAAGAAGAAGAAGGGCAAGGAUAUCCGCAAAGACAACCGUGCCGUACAGAAAUUGCGUCGUGAAGUCGAAAAGGCUAAACGCGCUUUGUCAUCCAACCACCAAGUCCGCGUUGAAAUCGAAUCAUUUUUCGAGGGUGAAGACUUCUCAGAGACAUUGACCCGUGCCAAGUUCGAAGAAUUGAACAUGGACUUGUUCCGCUCCACAUUGAAACCAGUACAAAAAGUCUUGGAAGAUGCUGACAUGAACAAAAAGGAUGUCGAUGAAAUCGUCUUGGUUGGUGGUUCAACUCGUAUUCCAAAGGUGCAACAAUUGGUCAAAGAAUUCUUCGGCGGCAAAGAACCAUCACGCGGUAUCAACCCAGAUGAAGCUGUUGCUUAUGGUGCUGCUGUUCAAGCUGGUGUAUUGUCAGGUGAACAAGAUACCGAUGCCAUUGUCUUGCUCGAUGUCAACCCAUUGACCAUGGGUAUCGAAACUGUCGGAGGUGUAAUGACCAAAUUGAUUCCACGUAACACUGUCAUUCCAACAAAGAAAUCACAGAUCUUCUCAACUGCCAGCGACAACCAACACACCGUCACCAUUCAAGUGUACGAAGGAGAACGUCCAAUGACCAAAGACAAUCACUUGUUGGGAAAAUUCGAUUUGACCGGUAUUCCACCAUCACCACGUGGUGUGCCACAAAUUGAAGUAUCAUUUGAAAUCGAUGCCAACGGUAUUUUGCUCGUAUCAGCCGAAGACAAAGGCACUGGUAACCGUGAAAAGAUUGUCAUCACAAACGAUCAAAACCGUUUGACACCAGAAGAUAUCGAACGGAUGAUCAAGGAUGCUGAGAAAUUCUCAGACGAAGACAAAAAACUCAAGGAACGUGUCGAAGCUCGUAAUGAAUUGGAAAGCUAUGCCUACAGUUUGAAGAACCAAGUUGGUGACAAAGACAAAUUGGGCGCUAAAUUGUCCGAUGAUGAGAAGUCGACAAUCGAAAAGGCUGUCGAUGGUGCCAUUAAAUGGUUAGAAGAGAACCCAGAAGCCGACUCCGAAGAAUACAAGAAACAAAAGAAAGAAGUCGAAGAUGUCGUACAACCAAUCAUUGCUAAAUUGUACCAAGGACAACCAGAUGGUGCUCCACCAACUGGUGGCGACGACGAUCUCAAAGACGAAUUGUAAACACGGAGUGAAAGCUUUCCAUCGCGUCAUACAACACACGUUCACAUCAAAUCGUAGUUUACACCAUUUUUUUUUCUUUUUUACGUGAAAUUCUUAUUUAUUUAUUCCGAACCGUGCAUUUCUUCGAGAAAAAAACACAUACCUAUAAUUGAAUUGUCCAGUGAAGAAAUUUUGUUUUGAGAAAAAGAUAGAGAAAAUAAUUCGCAUAAAAAUUGUAUCCGAUUAAAUCGAAAAUCAGCUUAGUAAAAACUAUUAAGUAUUUCAUAUGUAAAUUCGAAUGAUAUUCACCCACACAUAGUAGAUCCUUUGUGACGUUUUCCUCCAUGACUGUUUUCAAUUCGAACGGAAAAUAGUUUGUAAAUUAGAUUUGUUGUGAUUUUUUUUUCUCCAAUGUGAAUUGCAGUGCAAUUCUUCCAUAGCGCGCAAUCCGUUAUCAAUUUUUGAUGACAAUUGAAUGGACGCCCGAUUUUUUUUUCUUUAUCAGUCAUCCAAAGGAAAUCCGUCACAGCAUCCAAGACAAAAACAACAACAAAAGAGAAACAAUUUGUGAAAUUAACAAGAAAGAAGAAAAUAGAAGAAAACAAUGUAAUUUUAUGUAACUAUAGAUUGGUUUAAAUUAAACUUCGAAGAGGAUUUAAAUAAAAAAAAAUAUUGUAAAAUACUA